GGCGGCCGGCACUCACCCGUGCAUAUAGCUUCUACCUAAGUAUAUCUUAUCUUAUCAGCGACGUUAGGCUAUGGUAAAUUGUUUCUUCAUCUUCCAACAAACUUUGCUUCUUACUUAUCAGUUGAGCCUCACAGGUGGUCUUCGAUCCAGUCCUUAUUGACUGAUCUGCUGGAAUUCCCUUUUAACGUGAAGAUCCUUUAACCUCUAUUCCUCUGAGAAUGGUAUCCGCGUUUUUCUAUGGCACGUUGAUGCAUCCAGAAAUAUUGAAGCGAGUCAUCGGAAACGAUGGUAAUCAGCUUCAGAUGUGUUCCGCUCUGUUACUGGACUACACUAGACACCAGGUUAAGGAUGAGGAUUAUCCUGCGAUCUUACCAUACUCGCAAAGUCGAACGAUGUUCGAUCAUGACCUCGAUUUCGAAGAGAAAUCGGUACGAGGUUCUCUGGUGACUGGUCUAUCAGAGGAAGAUAUCCGACUCCUUGACGUCUUUGAAGGCAACCAAUAUACAAGAGAGGUGGUGUCUGUAUACCCACUAGCGCCGCUGGCCAACAUACGGGAUAUACCACCAAUUGAAGUGAAGUCUCUGGUGCCCGCCACGUCUCCCCCGAUCCCUAUUCUGUCCAGUUUGGCGAACACUGUAGAGGCAGAUACCUACGUAUGGUGCCUUUCUUCUUCGGAGCUCUGGGCACAGUUGUGGUCGUUUGAAGAGUUCGUGAAGCAUAACGCGUGGAAGUGGGUCGGCUCAAGUUCUGCCAACAACAAGGACUAUGACGAAGUGGAUAGAAGGAGGGGUAUGGAGGGUAUUAUUGUCCAGGCGGGACUGACUUGAUCGAACCACUUUGCGGUUACAUAAUAAGCAUCACAAUAUCACUUGAAUUGAAGGAACUCUCACGGUUGCACCUAGGCCCCGCAACUUGUCCAUGAUUUGACAAGAUGCCAUGGUUAGGGGAUAAUUUCAGGCCUUAUUUUUCAUUCGUAGUUCUCGCCUUCUUUCUCACUUUCAUCUUUAUCACCGGAGUCCUCGACGAUAUCAAAGGACGUCGCGUUCUAUCCACUCAAUAUUGUAUGUUUUUGAUCUGACCGACCUCGUACGUCGUAGACUCACCUUAUUGAAGCCUUCCCGGACUUUAGCUACUAUGCUGGAAAUUUUGUAAAGAAUAUUUCCAACAGUUUUCUUCCCAUAGGUCUCUACUUGCGUCAUGGUACCAACUGUAAGAGACUGACAGUCGUAUUCAGAUGAUAGAGGGAAACGUAUAA